GUAUUACUCGCCGACGUGUGACGCGCUCGUCGUUAUUAGUAAUUACUCACCCGCCGAACGGGGUUAGUUCCGUAACCUUUCCCGCGCGACGGUCACCUUCGCUCGCAAGGAAAUGGAAUAAAUUAGCUUUUUCCAUAAAACUGCACUUUGACCUAUAGUGAAAUUGUGUUUAAUUAGUGUAUCUAUAGUGCUCUAAAUGGCUGAAGGAAAAGUAAACGGGCAUAAAAUCGUGGAAGAUCUUCCACCAGGCGUGAGGGUCGAAGAAAUCGAGAUCCCAGUACCAUGGGGGCACGUAGCUAGCCGCUGGUGGGGUCCGCGGGACAAACAGCCAAUAAUCGCUAUACACGGCUGGCAGGACAACGCAGGAACCUAUGACAACCUCAUACCACUCUUACCUGUCACCACUUCAGUCCUCUGCAUCGAUCUUCCAGGCCAUGGACUCUCUUCGCACUAUCCUACUGGUAUGAUUUACUAUAUUUUCUGGGACGGAUUGGUCCUCUUAAGGCGGAUAGUGAAGCAUUUCGGCUGGACAAAGAUCAGUCUCAUGGGACAUUCCCUCGGAGGUGCUUUAAGUUUCAUGUACGCAGCGUCAUACCCUGAGGAAACUGAACAGAUUAUCUGCAUAGACAUCGCGAGUCCUGCCGUCAGAGAGCCAUCCUCCAUGGUCAAAACUACAGGAUGGGGUAUAGACAAACUUUUGGAAUACGAGAAUCUUUCCGACGAUAAAAUACCCAGUUACAGCUAUGACGAAAUGAUCGAUAUAGUUGUAGAUGCGUACAAAGGAUCGAUAUCUAGAGAAAACAGUGAAACGCUUAUGAAGAGGGGCAUGUGCCCCGUUCCGGCGCAUAUGAAGAAGAAGGGAUAUCUCUUUAAAAGAGACCCUAGGCUUAAGGUGUCUGGUCUGGCCAUGAUGUCGAUUGAAACGGCUUUGGAGUAUGCUUCAAAAGUGAGGUGCAAAGUCCUAAAUAUAAGAGCUUUGCCUGGACAGAGAUGGGAAAGGGUAGACUAUUACUUGGAUGUCAUUGAGAAGAUGAAGGAACGAGCGGAUGUGAGGCUCGUCGAGGUGGAAGGAACGCAUCACGUUCACUUGAACGAUCCGAAAGCUAUAGUUGACAUUAUUGAAGAUUUCUUAGAAGAAUAUUAGACUUAGUUUAGACUAAUUACUUUGUGAUAUCAUGUGAUCAGGUUUAGUUUUAAGCUUUGAUCAUUGUAACUAAAGUUGUUAGGCGUUCCACGUUUAAUACACCUGUUUCUUAGUGAUAAAUUGAAUAAGAAACUGAUGGAUACCAAUUUAACGUGACCGUUAACGGGUUAAAUUCGUUUUAAUUACAUUGAGAUUCAUUGCUCAUCAAGUAUUUAACUUAGAACGAAAAUUUGACGAACUAAAUAGCCGUCCUUAAUUUUAAUGUCACAGAGAGAGUUUUGUCCUCAAGGCGAAACUGUAGUGAUAUGAUGCUUACGUUCUUAUCGUCUAUCGUGUCAUGCAUCACUGUCGCACACUCGGAGUAAUUAACAACGGGAGACGCCAUGUCUAAAAUUUUCGGUACAAAAUAGUCUGCCGUUUUUUGCGGGGGAGGGGCACAUCAAAUGUAUAGGUACGUCAUGUCAGAUAAACGUCAGUCCAUACAUAUGGUUGACCAUUGGCCGCCUAUUUUCGACAGAGGAGAACCAUGUGCGACCAGCACACCACAAAUUGUAAGAAUGAGACAGUCACGAUGACACGAUAUAUGCGCAACCAUCAAGGGUAUCAUAGACCCGCUGUAUAAAAUAAUAAUAGGCCUUUUUAUCUGUGCCAGAUAUUUUUGAUUGAACAAAAUAUUGACGAGAUGGCUUAAUUUAUUAAAAAUUUCGACUACACUUAGGUAGUCACUAUAGUGACACACGCUUUUACUUUUGUUUGAUUUUUGAUUGACGAAAUAUUUGCAUAUUUGUAGGCGUAGGUAUUAGUAUUCAAUUGUUUCGACAUGCAAAAUAGUUAUACAAUACUAGAUUAUACAACAAAGGCUAAAAAUGGCAUUUAUGUGCCGGCCACCAGUGGCAGUUUGGUUUGUAUGGACUUUAUUGCUAAGUCGGGUCGUAAUAGAUGAUUUUACUUAAUGCACUAGAACAUAAAAAUCAGCUUUAUUAUGUCGCUUGCACGCGACUUACCAACUGUAUGUGAAGUAAAAAGUUAAUUUUCGUAUCACAAUGAUGAAAAACAAGUCCUAGCUGCCUAUGUAAGUAAGGUCAAAUGGGGUAAGACAAAUAUAAUAAGGUGUAUUCGGGUAAUACCGAAUGUCGGAUAAUUCCGAAAUUCAGAUGAAAAUCACCCUUAAUUCCAUCAUAAUAAAAGUCUCUUUUUGGAAUUAUCCGACAGUUUUAGACAUUCGGAAUUACCCGAGUAAACCCUACACUUGUAGGGAUCCUCAUACUAUUACUUUUGUCCCGGUGUUGGUCUUACCCCGCCUUAUGUAUUUUUUCAACCUUUUGUUUCCCAGAUAAUAACAUGACAGUCCGAUUGUGUCAAGUUGUCGAACCAAUCUGUAAUUUUAUCACAAAUUCGUACAAAAAGGCGAAUUAAAUUGGCCAAUCGGAUCGUCUUUUAUUUGGGACAUAAAUUACAGCUAUAUAUAGUAUAGAAAAUAUUUAAAUAUAGUUGCGUCACUGCACCAUUGUCAAACAUAGCUGUAUUUACUUUUCACCUUGAAUUGAGGCGUUCAUUAAUUACAUACAUAUUUAAUGUGUGAAGAAUAAGUUUUAAUUUGACUGGUAUUUAUAGUUCAGUCACCUACUGAAAUGUUAAUUGUUCUUAUUUAAAUUUUAAAUUAUUUUUUAGUCUCGGGAGUUGAACUCGCGACCUACCUUUUCACUUUAUUUAAAAUUAUAAUUAUACUCUGGCAUGGCUACAUUAUCAGUAGAAAAAGGCAGCAAAUUUAACCCCUUGAACACCAAACGGCGCAUCCAUUUGCCGUACCACUGACGCCACGGGGGUAAAAUUAGUUUUGUGAAUAAAUAAGGCCAACCUAAAGUGGCGUGUGUCAGUAGAUUUUCAUCAAAAAACGAUCGACGUUAAAUGCCGCCUUUGGCGUCGUUGCCACGAUUUUACGUUGACGUCAAUUGCCGUCUAUGGCGUUCUAAAGGUUAAAAAAUGUAGGCGCGAAAGAUCUCCCAUAGACAAUUUUAAUUUCGUGCCUUUUUCUUCUGACAUGUUGGGUCUAGGGUGGUAUUUCCACCUGUCCAAUGUCAUUGCGUCUUACUCUAUCAUCAGUAAAAUGCGAGACGCAAUACACAUUGGACAAAGAUAUUGGACAGAUUAUUUUAUGCCAGCUAAUUAUUUUUUUAAUGUUGGACAGAUAAUUGAUUUAAUAAUUCAUAUGCAUAGAUAAGUAAAGAAAAGGCGAACGAAUAAAACGAACAUUGAUAGCUUAUAUUUUUAAUACAAUUAAAGUAGUUAUUAUAGAAAAUAAAAAGGUUCCAUCUGCCAUUUGAAUUAAAGUCAUAUCUGUAGCUGCACAAAGUCGAUGUUCCUUCUAAAUGUCAGUUGGGACCUUUGUAUUUUUAGCACCAUAAUGUUACUUCGAACACGAUUUAGAAAUAAAAUGAAAUUAUAUUGUU